ACUGAUCCCAGAGCAGCGGGGCCGGUAGAUGACGGUCAGGCGGAGUACCGAGCGCACGUUCUGCUGAGGACCCGCCGAGUGUGACCUGAGGCUGCUGUGUUAGAAGCUCUUCGCUGUCCUCAAGCUAUCGAUGGAGAGGCAGGCGGUGCAGCGGGCCAAGGAGGCCUUCCUGAGCGGCAGGACUCGGCCCCUGGAGUUCCGGCUGCAACAGCUUCACGCCCUGCAGAGGAUGAUCACCGAGAAGGAGGCCGAGAUCUCCACCGCUCUCAAACAGGACCUCAACAGGAGCCAAUACGACACUCCGCUCUUGGAGCUGAUCGGCAUCGAAAAUGAGAUCAAGCUGGCUUUAGAGAAGCUGAGAGAGUGGGCGGCUCCACGGUCGGUCGAGAGGAGCCUCUUCACCAUAUCUGAUGAGGUUUAUGUCCAGCCGGAGCCUCUGGGAGUGGUGCUCAUCAUCGGGGCCUGGAACUACCCGUGGGCUGUCACCCUCCAGCCGCUGGUUGGAGCUAUCGCUGCCGGCAACGCAGCCGUGGUGAAGCCGUCAGAGCUCAGUGAGCACUCGUCCCUCCUCCUCCAGGCACUGCUGCCUCGCUAUCUAGACAAGGAUCUGUACCCGGUCGUGACGGGUGGAGUGUCAGAGACUCAGGAGCUGCUCAGGCUCAGGUUUGACCACGUCUUCUACACAGGAAGCAGCACCGUGGGUAAACUGGUGAUGGCGGCUGCGGCUCGCCACCUCACCCCGGUGACCCUGGAGCUGGGAGGGAAGAGCCCGUGCUACAUCGACAAGGACUGUGAAAUUAGAGUUGCCUGCCGUCGUAUAACAUGGGGAAAGUUUGUCAACUGCGGUCAGACGUGCAUUGCUCCAGACUUCAUCCUGUGUGAACCCUGCAUCCAGGGCCGAGUGGUGGAAUGCCUCCGGCUAACUCUCCUGGAAUUCUAUGGCGCUGAUCCCAAAAGCUCGCCCGACUACGGCCGAAUCAUCAACAAGCAUCAUUUCAGCAGAAUCAUGGGUCUGAUGGAGGGCUACACCCCCGUGGUGGGAGGACAGAGCGAUGCCUCUCAGCGCUACAUUGCUCCAACAGUGCUGAAGGACGUGCCCCCCCACUCCAGGCUGAUGCAGGAGGAGAUAUUCGGGCCCUUGCUGCCGAUAGUGACUGUGAGCGACAUGGAUGACGCCAUCCGCUUUGUCAACGAGAGGGAGAAACCUCUGGCCCUCUACAUCUUCUGCUCCGAUAAGAAGGCCACGAAGAGAAUGAUUGAGGAGACCUCAAGUGGAGGAGUGACGGUCAAUGAUGUCAUGAUGCACUACACCCUCAGCUCACUCCCAUUUGGUGGAGUCGGUGAGAGUGGUAUGGGCCACUACCAUGGUAAACACACCUUUGACCAGCUGAGCCACCAGAGGGCGUGCCUGAUCCGCUCUCUAAGGAUGGAGAACGUUAACUUGGCCCGCUACCCUCCUCAGGACCGCCGGCGGGCGCGCAAGGUGCAAAUGGCCCUGAGGUCACCCAUGAUCGACAUGUCCAAAAGGACGUUCGUCUGGGCGGUCACUGCCACCAUCAUCGGCGUGGGCCUGUUCAUCACCCUGCUCGUCAUCCUGCUCAUAGCGUCUGGCCUCAACUGUACCUGCUGGUACUGGAGAGGCUUUUAUAACUAGAGAAAGGGAAACUUUCCUUCCUCGGAUCUAUCCAAAGAAGAACGAUACAAGCUCCACGUAAACAGCUCUGAACCCACUUUGAAUUCUGUUUUGUACUCAGAUAUUUGUAAUGUUGGUGCUUGUAGCAGAUGGAAUAAUUAACUCAACGAUGUAAUGACAACUAAAUGAAUCAUAAACCCAUGAAUUUGUGAGAAAAGGUUAAAGGGAGUGAUGGCUUGAUUAGUAUUGGCAACUGAAUUUAACAGAUUAUAUUUAGGAUGCCAGCCAAUAUUUGAAAUAUUAUAUUUAUCAUCUAUGUCUCAAUCUCAGGGUUUCUACAGAGUUAUUGGCAUAGUGUACAUGAAUAACGGUGAACCACGUAUGAAUUAAGAAGCUCACAUGAUGUGACCGGUAGAAACAGUGUCUGAUGUUGAUUAUUGUUCAUUAAUAAAAUGUGUUGUUUCUUUAA